UCCCAGACUUUUGGUUAAAAAUAUAUGACUAAGCUCGAGAGGACGUACUGAAAGUCGUUUUUGGAGGUUUUAAGGCGAUUUGAAAAAAAGAAAGUCUGUAUUUCCUUCCUUGUUCCCCCCUUGAAGACGUGCCGGUUUGGACUCUACCGAUUUACCGCAAUAAGGUGGGCUUGCCCAGAGUUUGAAUUGACAAACGAGAAUCAUCCCGAAAGUACUUUUCGUGAGAGAUAAAGGCUUUAUAUCCCCAGUCGGGUGCUAGUUUCUUUUCAUUUAAACAGAAAGGAUGUAUCGAAACUUUGGGAAUCAAGGGAGAGGCAACCCGGCGUACACAGGUAGCUCUUCUGGGUCAAACACCAGCAACACAACUACACAGCAGGAUCAGAAGUAUACAAUGGCUGGCAGCAGUCAAUUUGUACCAAGCCUCAAUGCCAUCACAACCAACCAGGACCUCCAGUGGUUGGUUCAGCCCUCUCUGAUGCAUCCGCCGGGCCCUUCAAGAUCUCCAGUUCCUCCCUACCCAUCCCUCUCAGGGGCACGGCCUCUGGCUCCACCACCUUCCCAUUUUCUCCGACCAGGGGUCAUAAGAGCUGCUGCAGACCCUACUGCUUCCACAAGACGCAGGAACGACGAGCAUCUAUCCCAUGAGGAGUUGGAGAGACGUAGAAUAAGAAGGGAGCGGAAUAAGCUGGCAGCAGCAAAAUGUCGCAAUCGCCGUCGGGAGCUAACAGACACACUGCAAAAUGAGACUGACAUACUGGAAGAUGAAAAGUCAAAGUUGAAGAAGGAAAUAGCAGAUUUACAAAAGGAGAAGGAUAAGCUUGAGCUGGUCCUGGAGGCUCACCGUCCUAUUUGUAAAAUAGAGGAAUCAGAUUCGGAUUCUGACCCAAAUACAUCUAUUUCAUCUUUGCGAGGCGUCAAACUGGAGCCACAUGACUUUAGCAGACCUGGACCCUCAACCAAACAGCCGAAAAAAGUGGAGAAGCCUAAACCGAAGAUAACCAUCCCCACCAAACGUGAAACAUCGGCUGCCUCAUCUGCUGCCUCUGAAUCAGAGUCUCUCCACACCCCGGUUCUCGCAUCCACUCCAUCCCUUACCCCCUUCACAGCUGGUAUGAUUUUCACAUACCCCUCUGCCUCAUUAGACACCAGCGCCUCCACCACGUCCCAUGCUUCAUCCCAUCAAGGAAACAUCCACCACUCUCAGGUCCCACAGACCUGUGGGAUAGCCCACCGCCGCAGCAGCAGUAGUGGAGACCAAUCGGAUCACUCCCUGCACUCCCCGACCAUCCUCACGCUGUGAUCAGAGCCCGCAUCAUCCUGACACAACACUAAUGUGUGAGAGAAAGGAUCUCUGGGUGUGAAAUGAAAACAAUGAUUGUGUCAAGCAUUUCAAAAUUAGCUGUUAUUUCAGAAAGUAAAUCUUUACUUGGAUAAUAUGCCAAUUAGUGGCCCUAUUUGGAUGAAAAUGUUACAAUUUUUUUCAUAUUGACAAAAGACAAAAAAUAUUGAGUCUUUUACCUUUCACUUUAAAAGCUAUUACGUAGAAUGAACAUGUUUGAAGUUUAUUAGCAAAGCAUUGCAUGCAGAUUUAAUAAUACAAGCUUUCUAUAAGUAACUAUAACUCAAACUAUGAAUAUAAUAAUUGUGAUAUUACAGUAAAAUGGCAAAUUUAACAUUGUUACAUUAUGUUAUGUAACACUUUGUAAACGUCCUCGAGUACUUAUAAACAAAGUUCCUUAUUUUUGUACAAGUCCUCUAAUAAAUCAUAAAAUUGUCUAUGCAAACGAUUGACCACUAAGGCUGGGCCAUAGGAGUUAUUAUAGAUUUUAUAAUCACGUAUUUAUAUUUCCAGAGUGUAAUAUAUGUCUAUAUUUUUUUGUUUUCUCUGAUCUGUUUUGUCGGGCAGUGCCUUACUUUUAUCUUUUGUCAAAGUAGUGAUACUGCACAGACAAUAAAGAGCUAGCAUGUGUAA